AAACCACUUCCCCCGGAAAACAAUUUGUUAUAAGAGCACCCGAUGGACUUGAAUAUAUUCCAAAUGACUUCUUGCGUACCGUCAUCACAGGAUUAGAACAUGCUAAAAUUAUAUUAACAUAA